GGUAUGUACAAGACAUUUUCUGAUUGAAUUCGGAAUUGUGGCAUCUGGUCACACACCAAUUCAUUAGAUACAUUAUGUUGAUGACUCUGCUAUUGGUAUGUUAUGGUGUGCUUAUCGCCGGGAAAAGCCUCAAAGAUACUAGACAAGCUUCAGGCAAGUAAAGAUCAAAGUCGUAUUGAGGAGAAAAAUGACAACAUUCUUGCAUUUGGAUAUCCAAGGGCGUCGUAAUUUGAUCAAGUCCCAUUUAUAAUCGUUAGGCGAUAAAUUGCUUAAAAACUAGUAUUCAUAUUUAUGCAAAUCAAAAGAUUGCGUUAGAAAUGACGGCAUUAUAUAUACGUAUAAAUGUACUAAAAAUGCGCCCCUUUUUUCUUAGCUUUUCAUGCUGAUGUGUACUAACCAUUGUAAGCAGCGCAGUUAUACACAUUUCUGAUAUCUUCUAAAGGCUAAGUGUGAUACGAGUGCCAAACAACGGACCCCACUUUUCAGGACUGCAAUAUUUUAAAGAUUUGCCCAGCUGAUGAGAUAUGUCUUUAUGAAACGAUAUCAACAAAUGUGUCAAGUGAUUACAAAAUGGGCUGUGCCACCCCGCAGGUGUGUGACGGUCAAGUGCUCAUUGUGGGUCGGAGCGCACGUGCACGUGAGCAAUUUGUUCAUAAGCGCGACGUGACUAUUGAUUGUUGCAUGACAAACUUUUGUAACCUACCAUCCUCGACAAGCACCAUGCCUUCGUCUACAAUGACCAACACAUUAGCCCCCACCACACUGCACACCUUUAUCCAAACAUGUGAUGUCUCAAAUGGUUACAUUCAACUAAACGACAAUCAAGGCAGCACCAUACUAUGCGUAAAGGUUCACAGCGAUUCGAAAAGGUGGGAUAUUGCAAGAGGACAAUGUCGUCAUGAAGGUGGGGAUCUAGUGGUUUUAGAUUCGCCGCUAAAACUCCACUUGCUACAAAUCGAGCUUACAAGCAUGGGACUAGAUGAUGGCGCAAUGUUCUGGAUUGGUGCGCAAGAGGAUGGUGCAAUUUACUGGAAUGGUGCCCACGUAAUGCUGCAACCUCUACCUCGUCACUUCAUCUGGGCAAGCGGACAACCGGUUGAUAUGUCUAACGGAUGGGCACCGGGGCAACCGGAAGGUUACUCUCAGCACUGCGUAACGAUAAACCAAGUGAGCGGCUAUACACUGCACGACAACAUAUGUGGUUGGUUUCACAAAUUCAUAUGCCAACGUGUGUAGGGUCUCUUACGACAUCCAAAUCGGUGAUUUUAUAAUCUGGCAAAUAAUUGUGAUUGUUAUAAAUUUUCACCAAAAGAA